AUGCCGCCGCUGUCAGCUUAUACACCUUUUGAAUCUCUUCUCUUCUUCCAAUGUCUUGCGUCGCUAAAUUCCCGUCCUACGAACUUUGCUGCUAUCUCGGAUACCCUGCGCAAGAAUCAAUUCAUCAAGGAAGAUGAUGCCUUUGAUACGAAUCGAUUAACUCCACAAGCUCUCGAGGAGCUUUAUACAACGCUGUUACAGGAAGGAAUCGACGACCCUUUGGAUAAGAAUGGUCUAAAAGAUGGGGGCCAUACCAACCCAAAGAAGCGCAAGAUUAUCAGCGGGGCUGGUACUUCGCAGUCCCAGGUUGCGAUUAUUCCAGAGCUCGUCUCGCAGCUUUAUGCGCGAUACAAGGAUCGCGUGACAAAGGAAAUUCGAGAAGAAGAGAAGAGAUAUAGAGAUAUUAGCCAGGAAAUCGAAAGGCUGCAGAAGGAUGCAUUACAGGAACCAGCGGUACCUGCUCUGCCCGAGCAGAAAGCUCCGACUGGUCCUACAGGAGAUGCUGCUGAACAAGUCAGCGACAAGAUGGACCUGGAUAUCAAAGAGGAUGCGAAACUGGUGGAAAAUGCUGCUCCAUCAGUUCCAAAAGCUCCAGAGCAAGGGAGAGUUGAAACACAAGUUCCUUCAUCUCCAGUUGCAACAACUCCUCUUCCACCAAAGCCAGAGCUUCCGUCGCCUACACCGGAUUUAAGCAAACAAAAGACGCCACAACCGACAGUACCUGCACCAAAAGCUGUACCACAACAGGCACAAUCUUCGCAACCUCCACAGAUUCCGACACCACAGCCGCAGCAACUAUUAUCCAAGCAAGCGACACCUGGAGGUCGUCUACCACCUCCUGUCACCUCGACGCCUCCUAUCAAAUCAGCAGUCAAUGGCAAAACUCCUACAUUGGCUCCACAACCUCCUGCAAUGCCACAGCUGUCACCUAACAUUCAAGUCAAAGUGCCGCCGCCUCCUCAAGCACAACGACCACCACAGCCUUCAUCCCGUGGUGCAGCAGCUAAUCGCAAUCAACCUAAUCUUCCUCCCGGAUCAACGAUUGUUUUCCAGGCACAGCAAGGGCCCAGUCAACCUGCGACGCCGACACCGCAACGUCAGGCUCACGCAAGCGGACCUGGGUUUGGCAGAGCGACCCCAGUCCCAGUCGGUUCACCAGCAUUCCCACAGCUGCCACCAGGACAACAGCAAUUCCAGCAAUGGAUUCCUCAUCCUCAAGCAGGUGUCUCUCCUGCGACACCUCAUGCGCCUCCGCAGUAUAAUAACCAACCUAUGAUGUCUAAACAGGGUACUUUUGUUCCACAUGACGCUGCUGGAAAACCAGUACCCAUUACACAACAGAGCCACGGCCCAGCUACUCCUGGUCCAUUUCCUCAUCCUAUGCAAACUCCAAUGGCGCAGGUGCAUCCACAAGCAACACCUGCUACCGCUACUCCAUCAUUCUCCGGUCUCAAGCAACAACGGCCGCAUCGUCCAUCAAUGGACACGGCUGGAUCGCUUACGCCUUGGAAGCGUACUCCAAAUUUACGCAUAAAUAUUCCCGAAACCCCUGGGUCCCCCCCACGGCCAAGACCUGAAGAUGUUAGUCCGAUUAGCGAAAGGGCGCCUUCGCCAAUUGAGCUUGUAGAGCCCUCUGUCAAAGAGCCACAGAAGAAACGUGGUCGAGGUAGGAAGCAGAGUGUACCACCAGACGCCGAAGCAGUAUCUUCCAAGGCAAAAAAUUUGACUACUACUUCUGGAAUGAGGCGUGCUGGUAGUGCCGCAUCCACCAGAAGCAGGGCCCGUUCGGUAGCGUCUCGAGAUGAAGAAUCGGCUACCGAGUUGGCGACGGCUCAGCGAAAAAUCAAACAUGAGGCUCCACCAACACCUGCAGGAGUAGCGGAGGACGUCGAGGUGGAAACGAGGGCUGGCACUCGGCGAAAGCUAGCUGCUGGAGAAGAAGCCCAGAGCAAGAGGGCAAAACGCAAACGUGGCGCCAGUGAAGCUUUAGAAGUCGAUACGAUUCAACCAACACCUUCUCGUGGAGUAUCGUCUCAGCUUGUUUAUUGCACUCGCAACUUCACUCGAACGGGAGCGCCCAUUAUGAAUGAUGUUGCUGCUCACAAGCAUGCUUCAAUUUUCUCCAAACCGUUAACCGAACGAGACGCGCCUGGGUAUAAGGAUUUGAUUUAUCGACCGCAAGACUUGAAAUCAAUUAGGGGAGCACUUAGUCAGGGAAACAGAGCCGUGGCUGCUGCAACCGAGGCUGCCAGUAGCAGUGCGACUGCUGAAGGGGAAUCCCCGAACCCAUCUGGUACACCAUCAAAGCACGCUGCUUGGCUCACAAAGACACCCGAGCUCAUACCUCCUAAGGCGAUCGUCAACUCGUCACAACUCGAGAAAGAAUUGAUCCGCAUGUUCGCCAAUGCUAUCAUGUUCAACCCCGCUCCUGAUUCCGAACGAGGGUUUGGACCAUCUUUCCGAAUGAUCAGGCCUGGCAAGUCUUCUGCUACUACAAGAUCUAGUUCACAUGCGUGGGAUCUGGAUGAAGGUGGUAUCAGCCGUGAUACGCGGGAGAUGUGUGACGAUGUAGAAAAAGCAGUCACAAAGUGGCGUGCGGCAGAGCGGACGACUACGGAUGAAGCGGGUAAUAAGAGCAUGCUUUCUUUACGAGGAAGCAGUGGCGAUAGUAACUUGGAUGCCAUGGAUGAUCAUAAAUAG